AUGGAUACAUCAUUAUCUAAACGAAUAUGUUCACAUCGUUUUAUUGAUCAAUAUUCUGGUAAAUGUCUUCAUUGUGGUUAUUUAAAAAUAUCAUCGAUUGAACCAUGUAUUACUAUGAACUAUUCUUUACAAAAUGAUAUUAAUGAUGAUGAUGUUGAUAGUUCAUUAGAACUUGAACAUUAUGAACGUUUAGUAUUAAUACUUGAUGAAUGGAAAAAAAAUAUGAUAAAUCGUAUUGAAACAAUAUAUAAAUCAAAACUUCAACGUUUACGUGAUGAAUUUGAAUAA